GCUGACAAUCCAGCCGUUAGCGGUGAGAGGAGUGAGUCCGGCGGCGUGGUAAUUUUCACAGAGCUGUUUAUUUUGGACAUGUAGCAUCGGAUUGUUGUGUGCAGAUAAACCUCAUUUGAAGACAGCAAGAAUGGCUCUGGAUAUGCUCAGUGAUGUGGUCCAGAGAUGUCAAGCGCUUCCUGUCGACAGCUACACCAAAGAGGAUCAUGAUGUCUUCAUGACUGCUGGGCGUACCUGCAUCGAGGAGGGAAACAGUGUGCAGGUCCUCAGUAUCAUCCUAGAUGAGAAGAAUCAGGACAUGGUGAGCUGUAUGGGUUGGAAUCUGCUGCCAGCUUUAAUUCAGGUUUUACUAAAGAAAGAAGACAACCUCCCUCAGUGUCUGGGCAUUUUCAACCACCUGCUAGAGACAUGCAGGCCUAAGGAGCUGCUGAUCGGCCUGUUGGAGCUGCUGGAGCAGGAUGACCCCGACACCAUCGCAGAAAGUCUCCAUCUGCUGUUGAACCCUCUACAGAAAGUGCUGCUACGACUGGGCAGCCGUAAGGCUUCGUCCCUGGGGAUGGCCCUGUCCACUGUGUUGGACCAGUUGGCCAAACUUCCUCUGCCUCACACCAAAGAGCAAGAGGAGGACGAUGUCUUCUCACUUUGUCGCUGCUGCACUGACCUGACGACCUUUGUCAGACCCUUCGUCCAAGAGGUCAGACUUAACCUGCUGACCAGUGAAGAGCUGAGCGAGAGCACUACCAAGAUGACGAUAGGACGGGACAAUGAUCGAGAGGACGAACUGCGGACAGAACUGCUGAAGUUUUGUAUGAAGACUCUAAGUUACCCCUUGUUUGAGGUACAACUCAAGGAUACAGACUCUCUUGCUGUGUCUCCACUCAGGAAUUUUGCCACAGAGAUUCUGAAUACCCUCAGUGCGAUCAGAGAGUCCAUCACCAGUCUCGUGUACCAGCCACUGCUGAAGAGAAAACAGGUUCCAGGCUUCCUGGAGGAGGAGGUGCGUUAUCCUCAAGAGUCUUUGGCCAGCGUGGCUCACCUGGUGUUCGUCCACCACCUGGCUGCUGAUGUGUUCCCCUGCGUUUUCAGUCCUGUGUUCUCUCUUCGUUGUAACAUGGAGCACGUCUGCCCCCUCUUGUCCAGGAGGGAGGAGACCAGGAUUCAGAAGGGACUGGAGCUGUAUGAGAAGAGUCUGGUGCGGGUAGAAGAUGGCAGUCUGCCUGUCGACCUGAUGGAGAUCAAAACUUUCCUCACACUCCCUCAGAACUUGGUGAAAGUUAUGACGAUGUGUCAAAGGCAGGAUUUGAGGUCCAAAGGUCUAAAGGUUUUCCAGCUGAGCAUUGACAAAUUUGACACCGAAGCCAAGCACAAGUUUUUCCAGUACAUGUUGAAGACGAGUCAUCACUCAGGAGUUGAAGGCUACAUCAUCAAAAAUAUCAGGAACCAGAUCAACGUUGCCCUGCAGUCAGGUGACGGCAACACUUGGUUUCAGGGAGUUCAUCUGCUCCCUCUGCUGCGAAAGGUUCUCAUUCUCCCUGACGGUCCAGAGACAGACCUGCUGGAGAACCUGGACAGACUUAUGGAAUCUCUGAACCUGCUGCGUUACCUGAUCAUCAGAGACAAAGUGACAGAGAACCAGACGGGGAUCUGGACAGAGCUUUAUAAGAUCGAGGAUACGUUCAUGAAGCCUCUGCGUGUUGGGCUGAACAUGUCAAGAGCGCACUAUGAGAGGGAGCUGCACAACACCAUGGAUACCAAGAGGAGCAAGGACAAAGAGGAAUCGAAGAUCUCCGUGUUGGUGGGUGGCGAGAACCUGCCUCAUGUUACGUCAGAGUCACAGAUUCAGGCUCUACACACAGCUCUACACACGUUUGACAUGAUGGAGAGCGUGUUGGUGCGGAUAGAGGAACUCGUCAAUGUGAAGGAAAAUGUCUAGACAACUGCACUAGCCUGUCCCGCUCCCUAACAGAUGACUGUUAUGAUCAUGUUUCUGAAAAAAAAAAAUCCUUUUUUUAUAUUUAAAAUUGUUCAGCAGGUCUGCUUGUUAUUUACAAUUCAUCAUGUAAAAUGAUGCAGACUGUCACAAACAAUGGCUGGUAAGUUUUUACGGCCUCUAUAAUGCACAUUCAAUCUUUUGUACCUGUGCCUUCUUGAAUUUAAUGGAAAACCAUGUGUGAGGUCACACUCAAUUAAACAUAAUUAUGGCUUCACCCUGUAAA